AUAUGAAUUGAGUGGUUAUGUACGAACGUCUUCCUAAACCUUGCCCUUGCAAAUUGAUUCCUGUAAAUUAUGGCUGAAUCCAGACACUAACGGAGCCGCGCUUCCUGCGAGUUCGUCUCAAUCGUCUACCGGCUUAGCUCUACCUUCUAGCUCCAAUGGAAGAAGCUUCAAAUGGAAAUCCAGCAGCGAAUUCUCCAGCGGAGGAGGAUGAGCCCAUCGUCGGCCCUGGCCCUGCUCCACGUGCCAGACCUAAGCGCCCUCUCAAAUUCGAACAGGCCUUUCUCGAUACUCUUCCGUCUGCCCACAUGUAUGAAAAGAGUUACAUGCAUCGAGAUGUGGUUACACAUGUUGCAGUAUCAGCUGCAGACUUUCUCAUAACAGGAAGUUAUGAUGGCCAUCUUAAGUUCUGGAAGAAAAAGCCUGUUGGAAUUGAAUUCGCUAAACAUUUUCGAUCUCACCUUGGUCCGAUUGAAGGCUUAGCUGUCAGUGUUGAUGGCUUAUUUUGCUGCACAAUCUCUAGCGAUCAGUCCGUGAAAAUUUAUGAUGUCGUAAAUUAUGAUAUGAUGGUUAUGUUGAGAUUGUCAUUCGUACCUGGAGCUGUUGAAUGGGUCUACAAACAAGGAGCUGUGAAGGCCAAGCUCGCAAUCAGUGAACGUCAUUCCCGUUUUGUUCAUGUUUAUGAUGCACAUGCUGGUUCCAAUGACCCAAUAGUUUCAAGAGAGAUUCAUAUGGGACCUCUGAAAGUUAUGAAAUAUAACCACAUAUAUGAUACUGUAAUUUCUGCCGAUGCUAAAGGAGUUCUUGAAUACUGGAGCCCUGCAACAUUGCAAUUUCCUGAAGAUGGGGUAAGUUUCAGGUUGAAAACAGAUACAAAUCUUUUUGAUAUUGCCAAAGCGAAGGCAACUGUUUCAGCCAUUGAGGUUAGCUCUGAUGGGAAGCAGUUUGCUGUAACAUCUCCAGACAGAAGGAUCCGGGUUUAUCGGUUUAAAACAGGUAAAAUGUGGCGGAUGUAUGAUGAAUCUCUGGAGGUUGCUCAGGAUCUACAGAGAAGCGAUGUUCCUUUAUAUCGCCUUGAAGCAAUUGACUUUGGUCGAAGAAUGGCCGUUGAGAGAGAAAUAGAGAAAACGGAAAGUGCUCCUCAAUCAAAUGCUAUUUUUGACGAGAGUUGUAACUUCCUUCUUUAUGCAACAUUACUGGGGAUUAAAAUUGUAAAUUUGCAUACAAAUAAGGUAGCUCGUAUUCUUGGGAAGGUUGAGAAUAAUGAUAGAUUCUUAAGAAUUGCGUUGUACCAAGGCGACAAGAGCAGUAAGAAGAUUCGGAAGAUUCCUUCAGCGGCAGCAAAUGUGAAUGACGCCAAAGAACCUUUAGUCGAUCCUACUCUUUUUUGUUGUGCUUUUAAAAAACACAGGAUUUAUUUAUUCAGCCAAAGAGAACCAGAGGAACCAGAAGAUGCAACAAAAGGAAGAGAUGUUUUCAACGAAAAGCCACCUCCUGACGAACUUCUGGCUGUCUCUGAUAUUGGAAAAGCUGUCACUUCAUCCCUUCCGGAUUCAGUGGUGCUGCACACCUCUCUUGGUGAUAUUCACACCAGACUAUAUCCAGAAGAAUGUCCCAAGACUGUCGAAAAUUUCACAACUCAUUGUAGGAAUGGAUAUUAUGAUAAUCUUAUCUUCCACCGUGUAAUUAAAGGCUUCAUGAUUCAGACGGGAGAUCCAUUGGGAGAUGGUACCGGCGGGCAGUCCAUAUGGGGUCGAGAAUUUGAGGAUGAAUUUCACAAAAGCUUAAGACAUGACAGACCUUUCACUCUUUCAAUGGCUAAUGCUGGGCCUAAUACAAAUGGAUCCCAGUUUUUUAUCACCACUGUGGCCACUCCAUGGCUGGAUAAUAAGCAUUCUGUGUUUGGUAGAGUUGUCAAAGGGAUGGAUGUGGUGCAGGGAAUAGAGAAGGUGAAGACUGAUAGGAAUGACAAACCAUAUCAGGAUGUGAAGAUUCUCAAUGCUACUGUCCCCAAGCCUUAGAAGAUAUAUUUGUAAUAACUCAUAAUUAUGAGGUCUUUAUUAUUAUUAUUAUUAUUUAUAUGUACUCUUGAUGCUUUAAUUUAUGCUGUGAAAAUUAUAUUUCAAGUU